UGUUUCCAAAAUGGAGGAGAGAACAUUGCUCACUUUGAUGGUCUUUUCCUCACUCAUAGUAUUAGCAGAAACUAUUGCUCUAAAGCAUGGUAUUGAAAUCUACAAGCUCCAUGUAGACUCCAGGGUCACAUCAAGAUUUGCUCACACCCUCAUCACCAGCAAAAUUGUCAACAGAGCUAAUGAAUCCAGAGAGGUGACCUUUGAAGUGGAGUUGCCCAAGACAGCCUUCAUCACCAACUUCUCUAUGUCCAUUGAUGGCAAAGCAUAUCCAGGAAUAAUAAAGGAGAAAGCCUCUGCUCAAAAGGAAUAUGACACUGCAGUCGCACAGGGGCAGGGAGCCGGCCUCGUCAGAAUCACAGGCAGAAAACUGGAGCAGUUUCACAUAUCCAUCAGCAUUGCUGCUGCCAGCAAAGUCACCUUUGAGCUGACCUACGAGGAGCUGCUGAAGCGGCAGCUGGGGAAGUUUGAGCUGCUGAUCAAGCUCCAACCAAAGCAACUUGUUACGCACUUCCAGAUUGAUGUGCACAUCUUUGAGCCCCAGGGCAUAUGCUGCUUGGAGACAGACAGCACCUUCAUGACAAACGAGCUAACCAAGGCACUCACCAAAGUGCAGAGUGAAACCAAGGCUCAUAUUUUAUUUAAGCCAACUGCAGAUCAACAGAGGAUAAAUCCUGAGCUCAAUGAAAACCUCCUGAACGGUGACUUUGUUGUGCGUUAUGACGUUAAGAGAGGUGCCACUGCAGGCGAUAUGCAGAUUGUCAAUGGGUAUUUUGUGCAUUAUUUUGCACCCCAUGAAAUGCCAGCCUUGCCCAAAAACGUGAUCUUCGUGAUUGAUCGGAGCGGGUCCAUGGCAGGCAGAAAAAUCGAGCAGACAAGGGAUGCCCUGCUGAAGAUUUUGCGAGACCUCCGCCUGAAAGAUCGUUUCAGCUUUAUCACCUUCAACAGCAAAGUGGUGGAGUGGAAGAGCUCCCUGCUACAAGCCACUUCAGAGAACGUGGCAAGUGCUGCAGGAUUUGUGCAAACCAUUUCUGCUAGUGGAGGCACAGACAUCAAUCGUGCCCUGCUGGCUGCCGUCAGCUUGCUGGACAAAUCCGAGGGGCUGCCAGAGAAGAGUGUCUCCAUGAUUAUUUUGCUGACAGAUGGCCAGCCCACUUCUGGUGAGAGCAACGUGGAAGUUAUUCAAGAAAACAUCCAGAAAGCAGUGGAUGGGAAAUAUGCUCUGUUCUGCCUUGGCCUUGGGUUUGACGUCAGUUAUAAGUUCCUGGAGAAAAUGGCCCUAAGCAAUGGGGGCUUAGCACGUCGUAUAUACGAAAACGCUGAUGCUGACUUGCAGCUCCAGGGCUUUUAUCAAGAGGUGGCUACUCCAAUAUUAAUGAAAAUUGAAAUGCACUAUCCAGAAAAUGCCGUGGAGGGAUUAACAAAGAACAAUUUCAAGCUGUUUUUUGAAGGAUCUGAAAUUAUAGUAUCUGGGAAAAUUAGCAAUGAGCUUGAUAUUUUGCCAGUAGAAAUUAAAGCUCAGUCACACGCCGGUGGCUUGACUCUUAGAGAAGAAACAAAUGUCAAGGAGAAGGAGCGAGUGUUUCAAAAUCAGAGUUACAUCUUUGAAAAUUUCACAGAGAGGCUGUGGGCUUACUUAACCAUUCAACAGCUGCUGGAGAAAUCUAUUUCAGCACAAGAAGAGGAUCAGAAAACCCUGGAGGCAAAGGCCUUAGAGCUGUCUCUGCGGUACAGCUUCGUUACGCCCCUCACUUCCAUGGUGGUCACCAAACCUGGCGACCAGCAGCAGAUGGAGCUGGCAAACAAACCCACCGAAGCUGAUAAUGAGAAGUCCAGCAGUUUUGCUGCAGGAGAUGCUUAUAGACAGAGGGUUGGAUCAGCUCCUGGUAAGUGUUUCUCCUUUGAUUUUAUUCAGAAUCAUUUUCAUAUAGCUCUGCUAAAAAGGCUUCUGUCACACUAUUCUUCCUGGUUAAUUAGUCAACUCAGAGGAAAAUCUGCCAUUAAACUCUCCAUGCUAAUUUCAAGUAUUUCAGUUGGCAGGGUAAGAAGCAAAACGAGAGCACAGCUUCUUGCCAACGAAUACCCACAGCUUCUCCUGCAGUUACCCAAGCAAAAUGAUAUAAUCUGUCUACGUAUUGAUGGACAAGCACAGCCCUCUGUCCACCUGCUGUCAGAUCCAGAGCAAGGACUCACUGUGAGGGGGAAGCUUGGAGAGAGAACAAAUCACUUUGUGCAGCUGGAAAUUAACUAUGCGAAUCCCCCCGUACAAAUCCACGUCUCCACGAAUGGGGUUGUCCUAGGCCACAGUAACAGGAGCGUUCAGCUGCCAUGGACAAAGUCAGCCACCUCCACUGUCCAGGGGCUGAGUGUCUCAGUUGAGAAGGAAAGGAGCUUUACUGCGUCCCUGUCUGGUAUGGUCACAGUCAGAAUUUCCCUCAUAAAGAUCCCAGAUGCUUUCCUUGGGCUGGACUUCCUGCACCCCGACCGCUUCUCUGACAAAGUCAGCGGAGCUCUGGGUCAGUUUUACUCAAAAGCACAAUUUGAGAACAAUUCCAAUAUGAAUCAGAGAGCUGACGAAAGACUCCUACGUGUAUCUGGAGCUGAGCACAAAGUUGCCAGGCAAUACAAGAAAGAUUACAGACUUGAAUCAACCAGUGAUCCUGUUUCCUGCUGGUCAAUUGAUCUAACUCCCUAGACAAAGAGUAUUACGGGAAAGAAAACUAUGCAAAUGAUGAUCUUCCAAAUACUUUUGAUUCUUUCUCUCCUCAAGAAACCCACACAUUUAAAGGCUUACCUGUGACUACAAAGAAAUGUCAGACAUAUUUUAACUCAAAAUAAUUAUACUUUCAAGUAGAGAACUUGC